UGCAAAUCGUGGCUAGUCUGACGUUGAGAAGUGGGCAAUGCGGGCGAGGCUAGAUGUCGCAUCAGCGGGAUGCCCUGCCCCUGCAUUAAAACAGUCGUAACCAUACCAUGAGCUCCAGGGUUGUUGCUGCUGGGGACCAUAAGGGAGCCUGGUCCUGGUCCCUGGCUCUACCCUCAUCCCUCCUUUCCACUUUCCUGCGCGCCCAAGGCAGUAUUUGUUUACACACACCCCCCCAUCUCCGUACCACCACCAUUCCAACACCCCCGCCCUACCCACUCUCGCGACCCCAUAUCUAUAAGCCAAGCAGCAGCUAGCAGUAACCAACUUCUAUAGUCGCGUACGCGAUGACGCUCCGCGACACGUAUGCCGCUUUUCUGGCAACGCCCUCCACAGGCGCGCUCGCCGACAAUGCCGCGCUGCACUACAUCUCGACGCUCACCAGCAUCCACGACGCCACAGCCAUUAUCAAGCACUUGUCUGUCCAGGAGAAGCUGCUGACGAAGACGAAGGAGAAGAUUCUGGAUGCGAUAGAGGGCCAUCGCGGCUUGAGUGUCGAUGUGGAGACGACGAUUGAGUUCAACAGCGGUGGCGGCGCCUAUCUACCAGGCCUAGAUGACAAUUUCGUGGCAGAUCGCAUUGUCACGUUCCCAAUGGUCCACAUGGUACACUUCGAUCCCGCAGGAAAGAUUACACAAAUCCGCCAAUACUGGGACCAGGGCUCCCUCCUCAGGCAACUCGACGUAAUCGGCUCACGCUCCCGCAACUGGCCUAUUCGCGACGGCAAGGAACAAAGCCGUCUGAUCGCCUCGAGCUCGGCAGCAGCCGUGCAGCUCGAAUCUGUGCCUUCCUCUCGCCCUUCGACGGCCGCUUCUCGAGGCGCAGACGAUGUCUCCAUCACCACCUCGCGCUCAAGAGGGUCGACGAACAACGCUCUGAACGACCCGCACGCGUCGCUAUCACUCUUCCAACCUCGCGACAUCAGCCAAGAGGAGCCGCGCAGCUCGCAGCCGACAGCGCCGCGCGUGCAGUCGGCGAAGCCUCCACCACGCGAAUACUCUGAGCUAUUUGUCGGGGAGAACACGACCUCACCUUCGCCCUCGCCGCAGAAGAUCCCAGUCAAGGCAGGUGGUGGUAAGAAUUACAAGGCCAAUCGCCUUUUUGAAGAGACGGAGGACUCGUCGGCCACGCGUGUGCCCAUGAGCGUAAAGACGAACGCUAAAAAGUACGACCACUUCGAUUUUGGCGACGGCGAGGAUACACCGAAGGUUCGAGAGACAGCUCGCGCGGCUACUCGAGGCAAGCAUGAAUCACACUGGGAAUUUGAGGAUUUCAUGACGCCGCACAAGACGAAAGUCAAAACACAGCCGCAAGCUAUGCGAAAUUUUGGCUGGAGCGAUGAUGAGGAGGUCUCCCCGGUCCGCCGCCCAAUCAUCCACAAGGCGCGUCCUGAUGCCGACGCACACUUUGACCUUGUCGACGACGGCACUCCUGAAGCACAGCGCAAGUCGGCUCCCACCAAAGGCAGCACCAGCAACAAGGGCCAGGGACUGUAUGAGGAUCAUGUCACGCAUACCACCGAAGAAGAACAAGACGUCAAGCGUCCGUUGAACGACGUAACAACAGCCGUCGAGAACAAGAACCGCUCCAAAGACUUUGGAGCCCACUGGGACAUGACAGACGAUAGCCCGGGACUUGGCAAAAAGGGCGCAGCCAAGAAACCCACUCACGAAACGCGAAAGGCGAUGAACACGCACUGGGGCGAGUAUCAAGAUUCUCCAGAGAAUAAGGGUAUCAACAUCGCAGGAAACGGAAUGGGGGGGAGGAAGGGUACUGAGGCUGCCUGGUCGUUGUACGAUGAUAGCCCAACGAAGAAGGAGAAUACGAAUGCUGAUCCGCGUGGAAUGAAGAGUACGACGGACGCGUCAGGCGGGAAGCAGAAUGGCGAUUCAUUCUGGGACUUUUAAAUGGCAGUCGCGCUUGCUUUUGGCAACGACUGAUCGAUGAGCACGGCCUUCAUGACGGCCGUCUGUUACGAGUUUACACGGCUUGGAGGGGACACAUGGUCGUAGAUACCUUCAACCUGUUGCGUCACGAGUCCAUGUCCAAAAUGUCUCAUUCCCUUUUCAGUUUGCU